CCCACGUGUAGCCUCUGUAGCAUUUAGCUGAUGUUUGUUUACAUGUCUCUGCAGGAGGAAUAACUUCAUGAUUUCACAUUUUUAUCACAUUUUUAUCACAUAAGCAGUAGAUCUUUUAUAAAACCCGACUGUGUGAUAAACAUGUCGUGCUCGGAUCGUGAGUUUGAGCGCUGGAAGAGGCAGAGCGAGCAGAGGAUGGACCAGAGUAAGAAGGGCGGGGUGGACGCGGACAUAGCCGGGCUGGUGCGCUUCCUCAACGGCCUGGAUCAGUACUUCACCACGUCCUCCUGCUCCGGACGGGUCAUCCUCAUAGACGGGAGCGCAGAGAGCAGUGAUGUCCAGAAGCAGAACUGUCAGUGGCUCUUCGUCUCCCACCAGAAGUGUACCACAGAGGAGCUGGUGGAGGCUGUGGGCCGUUCCAGUGGAGACGCUGUACUGAAGUUUGAACCAUUCGUGCUCCAUGUGCAGUGUCGCAGACUGGACGACGCUCAGCUCAUGCAUUCUGUGGCCGUAAACUCUGGCUUCAGGAACUCUGGCCUCACAGUCGGGAAAACACGCAAAAUCAUAUCGGCGAUCCGUAGCACCCACGGUCUGGAGGUCCCUCUCACCCACCAGGGCGCUCUGCUGGUGACCCCUGACUACAUUCACUUCCUGUGUCAAAUCUGCAACCACAAGAUGGAGGAGAACCUGAGACGCAUUCACAGAUUUACCGAGAACCUGCAGAAGGCUUUGGCAGCAGCAGACGUCCCCAGACUACAUGUCCCAGAAUGCCCCAGUGCACAGCCGCCUCAGACUGUAAACACGGAUAAACCAGGAGAGGACUCAAAACAGAAGGUGUACAGGCGCAGACGGAAACAGCAGAGCCACAGUUACCACGACGACGGGAGAGAUGCUAGUGACUGUAACCAGGACGACAAUAGAGACAGUUGCCACGACGACAGUGACAUCUCCCUGACAGAGCUCAAUCACUGUCUGGAUCUCUUCACAUAAUGUAUUCUGGACCAAGACACAAGAUGAUUUACAUGACGUUUUUUUUUACUCUGAAUUAAUUGUUCUGAAUUAAAAAGUUCAGAAUUAAAAUAUUGUCUUUCGAGUUUACAUCAAAAUAAUAAUUCUGAAUUGAGGUUUACAUGGAAAACACGUUAAAUCGCCUUUUUUUUUAUUCCACUCAACGUCUGGCGGUUGGGAAGGGUUCUGAUUGGACAGGGACACCGGAAGAAAACACACACUUAAGCUGCUAUUUGUUUUUCUGUCAUCUCGCUUUUUCGUUAUGCCACGGACAGAAACAUGAUACAAACUUUUUUCUGAGUUGUUCUGAUGAUAAUUAAGCAGGAGCUGGAGAUUUCUAUCAUCUCGCUUUACAUCUGUCAGCUGAGAAGAGUGUCGGAGAAGGAAGGAAGAAGACAAUCUGAGUCGACGGCAGCUCUACAUCAGCCCACUCCCACAUCCUGCUUGCAAAUCCAAAGAGCAGUGAAGUAAAAGUAAAAAUUAUCCACUGUAAAAGUUUUCUUAAAUAAAGUACAGAUACCUAAAAUUGUA